AGAUGAUCUAUUUUUAAGUUUAUUAAUGCAUACUCUUGAAGUGCUAGCGUUGGCGAACUAUUUUUUUAUCGGGAGAUUAAUUUAUGGUUCAUUUAAACCAAAAUUUAAUGUUGUCUAGGUCAAGAAAUACAAAACUUUUAGUACAGAGAGUAACAGACAAAGACAAGUAACAGAGUAAAAGCAAUGCUACAAACAAUGCUGGUUCGUUGGCUCCAGCCCUGAUUAGUCAUCAAAUUGUAAUAACAGCAUCAUACGUUAACGUUUGCAUAUUUCAUCUUAAUUCAGCGCAUAUUCUUUAUUUCCAGUUCCAGUUCAUUUGCUAUGUUGAUACGACACUGAUAUUUGGUGAAACUUUAAAGCUGGUAACAUUGACUCGUCAAAACAUUAUCAGAAGUUGUUUACUUGUCUAAUCAGAUUCGUAUUUUAUUUGUGUGUGAAUGAGUAAUAAACUCAUAAUCAAACAUCGUUACUGUAAAGUGCCAAGUUUUGCAUAGAUAACGAAGUUGUAGGAAAAGUAUGCAGUUUUGUUCAAGUGUUUAAUUGAACGCAACAAGUUGUAAAAACGUAAAAACGAAAUAGGAAAGUUUUGUGCAGUUCUUUCUGAUUGUUGCAGUUUGUUGACAUUUGAAAAGAAAAUAAAAAAUGCUGACAAAGGAUUUCGUCGUUAACAUACUUCACGUAAGAAAUAAUUUAAAAAUUCGAUAAUGUGACCUAGAAACAUUGCGAUAAUAAUUCGUGCUGCAUAUUCAUGUAUUAAUAAGUAAACAAAGGCUUUGCUUGCAACAUAUGUACUAAGUAUGAACGCACCCAUUCCUGCACCCCGAAACUUGUCUCAAAAUGAUAUUAAAAAACCUGUCCCAACUCCAAGAAAGACAAUUCCUAUUAGAAAAGUGGAAGUUGAGCAACAAUCUUUGAGAAAUGAAAAUUUUAAUAUUAAUGAAGAUGACAAACAGUCAAUUAAAGAGGAACCAACACCGACAAGUACUUUCUCUAGACGAGUACGAAAAUUUAGUAAUACAUCGAAACAAAUUAAAGAUGAAUUGACUGAGAAAGUUAAUGAAAAGAAAAAAAUGGUAAUUGAGGGUACCCGACAAAGUAUGAAAAGAAUUACAAGACGCUUUACAACAUCAGGUUGUGAAAAUUCAAAUGCUGUUGAGAAUGUACCACAAGAGGAAGAAAGGAAAUCUGAGCCGGUAGGUGAUAUUUUUAACAAAAUAUCUUUUAAAUCUCCCAUAAAGUUAAUAGAAAAUGAUUAUGCUAAUUCUGAAGUUGAUAGAUUAAGCAAUCACAGUUCUGAAAGCUUAGAAAGUUUGCCACCCCCUAUGUACCCUCCACCUCCUCUUAGAGAAGAUGCUAUUUAUGAUAAGCCACAAUCACUUCCUUCUUCAAGUGGAAAUAGUAUAAGCAACAGUUCUGGCAGUGCACCAAUUUGUCAUACUAAUUCAAAUUUGUAUGAAAGUGUUUUCCCUUCUUAUCCCAAUAACAGUGAUUCUGAAAGCUGUACAGAUACAGUUGCUGGCACCAUUGACAAAAAGCUUGAACUUUCCAGAUCAGAUUCGUGGUAUUAUUAUGAUUCAGUUUCAAAAAAUGAAAACAUUUAUUCUAAUGUUGAUGCUACACCUCCUUUAAUUGCUGAAAAAGUUGAACCUGAAAGCACAUUGACAAAUAACGUCAUAAGUUAUGAGAAUUAUGAGAUAAACAGAACCAAGUCACCUAAUAUAGUCAGUGAAUUAAAAGCUUCACCUCAAGAUAGCCCAAAAAUUAACGAAUGUAGAAAGCAACAUCCUAAUUUAAACAGUAGCAAUUCCCCGUCACCUUCAGAAUUUAGUAAUCCGUUUAUGGCUUCAGAUUUGCCUCACAACAAUUUGAACAGCCCUAGUAUUACAAUGAACAAAGAGGCCAAUGCUUUAGAUGAGACUUUAAGUGAAGCACUAUCAGGUGUUUCUGUACGUAACUCGUUAUACGAAAAUUGUGCCAUAACGCCUCCCCCAAGGUUAAAAAAAGGCAUUAAGCAGCCUACCAAAAGCUUAAUAAUGCAAUUUGAUCCCCUAAGUAACAUAGAAAAAUUAGACCAUAACAUCACUGACUUGAAUGCCCUGGAAGAACUUCUGCAAGGGGACUUGUGCAAUAAUUCGAGUGUUAUUACUGCCGAUAACUGGAGCGCCUCCAAUGAAUCGGAAGUAGAGGAGUACAUGAGUCCUCCAACUCCACCGAUUAGAUUCGAUUCUUUGCCCGAAGAAACGAUGAGCUCUUCAUGGGAACCCCCGACAGCUAAUCAGACACCUCCACUUGAUAAAUCAAAAACGAGUUGGUUUUUAGAAGAGCCUGCACCAGAAACACCAAAGAAAAGACCCAGCUGGUUCAAGCAAGUCAGCGUUCGAAUGAAGGUACCUGAAAAAAUUACUUUCAAAGGAUCCAAAGAUAAUAUGCUGGUGCGACCUGCAUUGGUGUCUAAAGGGAUGAUUCAACAGAAAGGGAUGCUUUAUAAGAUUACUAGUGGUCCAGUUGAGGAUUUAUUUGGAGAAUUUAGCGCAAGAUGGUGUAUACUGGAAACUGGGAAUUUUUAUUGUUAUUCAGAUAACGUAAGCGACACUAUAAAAGAACAUUUUCCCAUGGAGAACAUUAUGAGCAUACAGGUUCUUCUGGAUCAAAAAUUUAAGUAUAGAUAUGAAAAUGAUGACUUGCAUUGCUUUGAAUUGAAUGUUUCGGGCAAAAGUAGAGGGGGAUAUGUUUAUGGUAGCAGAAGUGUUUCGGAAAGAAGAGUUUGGAUGCAGAAAAUUGCUGAAAGUAUGACCAAUAGAUUCAGUGCAAAAAUUACUUCUGAUUACAGUAGAAUGGGCUGGGCUUACGUUAGAGAAGGUAUCAGCGGAGAAUGGGCUGGUGCUUGGGUGAUUCUUUCUAAAAGGAUCUUGUACUAUGCAAUUGAUAAUUCGUCAGUAAAGUCGAUAGAUCUUAGGAAAGCUCGUUGCAUAGAAAUGAGGACUGUGCCAGAAACAGAAAUUGUCCCCACUACGAAUAAUAAAGGACCCAACAUGGUAGUAGAUUGCCCUUCUGCUGUCUUGUAUUUACGUAUGUGGACGUCAAGAGAAACAAAGGCUUGGUGUCAUAUUGUUCGAAUGAGUGCCCAUAGUAAUGGUGCUCUUUUAGAACAACAACAGCUAACUAAAAACGACGUACCAGUAAUCGUAGAAAAAUGUAUCAACUUUAUAUAUGCACAUGGAAGUAUGUGCGAAGGAAUUUACCGAAGGGCUGGAGGUGGAGGGGCCGUUCAAGAACUCUUAACACAAUUUAGAAGAGACGCGUGGGCAGUUCAACUUACUAUCGAUAAAUAUUCCGAACAUGACGUAGCUACGGUUCUCAAACGGUUUUUUAGGGACUUACCCGAACCUUUACUGUCUUCUUCAAACAGGCAAUAUUUAUGCCAAGUUUCAUUGGUCAAAAGUAUAGAUGACAGGGUUCGUAUGUACAAAGCAGUUUUCGACCAGUUCAACCCCAUUGCUUAUAAAACCAUUAGACGCCUGUUAGGACACUUGCAUUUUAUUAACAGUCAAAGUAAGAAGAACUUGAUGACCAUCGAUAAUUUGGCAGCGGUUUGGGGCCCAACUCUAAUGCAGUAUGAUGAUAAAGACGGACAGUUGUACAGUCAAAAAGAGGUGACUGUAGUUGGUCAACUAAUUUCUUUGUACAAAAAUAUUUUCGCCGAAAACGCCGAAGAAGUGGAGCAAGAAAGACAAAUGCUUCAGGUCCUGGAGAAGUGUACUAAUUCCCCCCAAGGCCCUGUUAAUACCAAAUCUUCUGGAGAUCUUAGGGUUUGGAUUUAUUUACACAAUAAAGAUGGGGAAACAUUUAAUGUUGCUAUUGGACCCCACAAGACUGCUUAUGAUGUAUGUUUAGAACUUAGCUCAAAAGCCAAAAUAGCAGUUCACGAGUUGAUACUAGAAGAAUUUGUCCUUAAUGGGAAUUUAUAUAGGCCAGUACAUUACAAAGAAAAGGUUUUAGAUGUGGUUUUGAGAUGGGGCUAUUGGUGUGAAGCAGAUAGAAAAGACAACAUUCUGGUGCUGUCUCCGCUUUGCAAGUAUUGGGAAUUUAUUCAAGAUAAAUUCUUGCCAGUUUCUGGUGAACUCAAAUUUGCUGAUAAUAAGUCAAGAAUGUUCAAGAAUUUCAUAUUCGAACUUGCACAAGCUAAAUUGACGUGCUACAAGGACAAAACGUGUGCAGUGAAAUUGUCAUCGUGGAACAUUGAAGAUAUUGUAUGGUAUCUGGGAAACGAGCCCAAAAGGAACCCUCAGUCGAAAUGGACGAUUACCUUUUUCCCGAAGAACGAACCUCCAGUUAGAGCGAAAUCGAAACCGUGGUUUGGGAAUAUUCUCGUCUGGACUGAUCCUGCUUUCAGGGCCAUGUGGCUGUCAUCUAUGCUACGACUGGAACACCCUACUGACCUUACUCCCCCACCACAACAUGUUAACCUUAUGUCAGCUUGAAAAAAAGGAGAUUAGGACAUACAAAACAAAGGUUUGGCAGCACCACGAAAAAUGAUAGUCCAAUUAUGUCUCCAUGAAGUUAUAUUGUCCACAAUGGUGCUAUUAUAAAUAUUUUUAUUUUAUAGGUUUAUAA